CACUGUUUGUCCCGGGGCGCUUGCCGUACUGUUGCAUGCACUUGGAGCUUACCUUGCUAAGCGGUAUCUGUGAGCCUACAUGGAUAUUAUAAUCGAUAAUGGGGAAUGCGCAGAGUUACAUUGUGGCCUCGCUGUCUGUAUGUUCCGUGUAUUUGGUUUACGUUCACGUUUACUGCGCUCACAAGCUGCUGAAAACAACCGAACUGCAUAGCGACAAACUUCCGAGUGAUGCGUAUGUUUACAUGAAAUACCUGAGCAGAAGAGUGACCCGGAGAGCAGGCUGCUUAUACGGUACAGAGAAACAAGAAGCUGGUUAUACAGUGGUCAGCUGCAGGGUGGAGGAUGCUCUGUUGCGGAGGUUCUGCAGUGCUGCAGGUUAUGGUUGGGAUUAUCCAGACAGUGAAUACAGAGACAUCCCGCUGUGCUUCCUGGAGUUUCUCUGCGGCAGACCUCUCCUUAUGUUGUUAACUCAUGAAAACUUCAGGCUCAGCCCAGCAGGUCUUGUUCAUGUGCGUCAGAGUUUAAAAACCUUUCAGCCAAUCGAUGAGCUGAAGAAGGGUCCAUUCACCCUGCGGGUGCAAGUCCUGGGGUACCAGCCGACUGAUCUAGGGGUGGAGGUGGACAUCUGUCUGUCUGCUACUUCCCGCUCCAGAUGCGUAGUGUGGGAGAGCAUCCUGACACUGCUUUCCGAAAACAAGCUUCACAAAGCCAUCAGAUGUUCACCUAAGAAUGAAAAUGAGAGUGAGAAAGAUGAGCCAGCACCGGACACUCUGAAGCAGGUGGAGCUCAAAGUUCCCUGGACUCCUGACCUGAAGUGUACAUGGAGUUUUCCAUGUAAGCUCCUCUCUCUGCCGGCCAGGCUCUUUAGAUUCACUCCUCACAGAGUACCGAGUCUCUGGAUGUUCUCUGUCUGCUUGGCUGAAAUUGAAAAGCACAAAGGGGUUAAAGUGAUCACCGCUCCCAUUACCGUCACUGCCCAGUUUAAGGAGCCUCUGCUGGUUCCAGGAAAGGUGACGGUCAGUUUUUGGGAGGCACCGGAAAAUAAGCAUCAGUCCCAAAGCCUCUACUUUCAGAUGCAGCAACACAGAGGGGGCAAAGCUCACCUGGUGGGACUGAUUUCUAGGUGUUGAUGAUUAACAAAGAAUGUUGUUAUUUGUUGUUCAGAUUUUCACUGUUAACAGUUUGACUGUCAGUAGAUUGGCAGGUUACAGUCAACUGAAUUCUGUUUUCUUACACCUCCCAAUUCAAGUGCAUAAUCUCAGCUACGGUGGCUGUUAUAGAACAAAACGUUUUAGUCACCUAAGAGAGAUCAAAACCAAUACAUUUACCCAGCUGCUGCUGGCUGGCGUAUUUCUACUACUGUUUGUGUAAAACAAAUAUGUUUUUCUACACAGUAUUUUUGAAUAUGUUGAAUAAUGUCAAACUUUUCUGAACUUUUCUGUCAUAAGCACUGCUGUUUUUUGCUGCUGUUAGUCUGCCAGCUGCUCUUGUUUGCUGCUUUGAAGUAGAUUCAGACACUUGGCGAAUUAACUCUCAUAUGAUGUGAGAAUAUAAUCAAGCUGUUUAUCAGAGGGAAUGCGUGGUUUCAAGGAUACUUGAUCCUAUCGUUAGCUGGUAUCGAGUUAGCUCAUAACCAGCUGUUUUCGUUUAGUUGGCUCAUUGUCGGCUCAUUGUCGGCUGUUCAGAGGAGAGUUGUGUGUCUAAUAAAUGAGGAAUAAAUGA